AUGUAAGUUUCUUGUCGAACUAAAAAUGUUAAUAAAUACUAUAAAGUGAUAGGCGAAGUUGGGUCUGGAACAUAUGGUAAAGUUUAUAAAGCAAAAUGUUUAAAAACAAAUGAUUAUGUUGCUUUGAAAAAAAUUGACACUAAAGAUUAAAAAAUAAUGGCAGAAGGUAUAAUUAUAUGAGAAUUUAUGAAGGAUUUCCAAUUACAGCAAUCAGAGAGAUCAAAUUAUUGAAAAUUAUGAAUCAUAAAAAUAUUUUAAGAUUAAGAGAGAUAAUAGUAAGCAAAGCAUCUUUUAGAAAUAAUUUUAGAGGAUCAACAUUUUUAGUAUUUGAUUAUUAUGAUCAUGAUUUUGCUGGUCUACAUAGAUAAAGAAAUAUAUUUACACUACCACAAUUAAAAUGCAUAUUUAAAUAACUAUUAGAAGGUGUUAAAUAUCUUCAUGAAAGCAAAAUAAUACACAGAGAUUUAAAAUGUGCCAAUAUUUUAAUGAAUAAUAAAGGAUAAGUGACUCUAGCUGAUUUUGGUUUAGCAAGAACAUUAUCAAAUGUUAAUAAUCCAAAAUAUACAUAUAAAGUAGUAACAUUAUGGUAUAGGGCACCUGAAUUACUGUUGGGAUAAACUAAUUAUAACUCAUAAAUUGAUAUGUGGAGUUUAGGAUGUAUUUUUGCAGAGUUGAUUACAGGAGAAGUACUUUUCAAAGGAGAUAUUGAAUUUAGAUAGAUGGAAAGAAUUUAUGAAUUAUGUGGAAGUGCUACUGAAUAAAAUUGGCCUAAUUGUAUUAAUCUUAGAUAAUGGGAAGAAUUUAAACCAAGAAGAAAUUAUGAAAGAUUAUUAGUAAAACAAAUUUUAAAGGUUUGUUAAGAUAUUAAUAAAUAAAUUGAUUAAGUCACUUUAGAUUUAAUAGAUCAUCUUUUAAUAUUAGAUCCUAAUAAAAGAUUAAAUGCAGUUUAAGCUUUAAAUCAUGACUUUUUUAAAUAAGAUCCAAAACCUUGCUAACCUAAUGAAAUGCCUUAAUUUGAAAAGGAAUUUCAUGAAACUCUUAUAAAAAAUGAAAUGAAAUUACAAUAACAAAGACUUGAAAAAUAAUAGAUUAGACCAUCUUAAAUAACUACAUAGAAAUACUAAAAAGUUGUGCGAGAUGAUAGACAUACAUCUAAACCAUAAUAAUUAUCUCCCACCAGAGAUUUAGGAAAUAAAUAAGAAUUAGAUUUUGAAGAUAUAUUAAAAUUUGAACUAGCUGAAGAAAAGAAAAAGGUAAAAUUAAAUUGA